UGGCAGAGGGCCUAGCAGCUAGCUUCAGCUUCAGUCUGGUUCGAUCCACCUUUCUGUAAGGGUGUAGCUCGCGCAGUGCUGCGUAGUCAUUCCCUCCCAUAAACAUACUUCCUCUUUCUUGCGAGCAGAAAACAUGAAGGUAUUCGUGGGAACGCUUGUUCACAGUACGGGCGAGGUGCUUAUGCAAAUUCGUCAGGCCGCAGUUGGCGUCCAAGGCGAGAGGAUAAUUUUCGUGGAAGAUGUGACAAAACUAAAUGAAUUGAAAGAGAAACACAACUUACCGGUGUCUUCCAUUGUCCAUCUCACUACAAGCCAGUUCCUCAUGCCGGGUCUGGUGGACUCUCACGUUCACGCGUCACAGUUUCCUAACAACGGCCUUCACCUGGGCACGCCGCUGCUGGAGUGGCUAGAGAAGUACACGUUUCCCACCGAGAGAUCUUUCGCUGACGUCAAAGUGGCCGAGAAGGUGUACCCGCGAGUAGUGGAUCGAAUGUUACGUAAUGGCACCACCACCGCCUCUUACUUUGCCACCGCCCACCUACCUGCCACCAAGGUCUUAGCAGCGACGACGGCAGCUAAAGGUCAGCGUGCCCUGGUCGGUAAAGUGAACAUGCUGAUGAACUGUCCUGAGAACUACCGCGAGGAGAGUGUGGAGGAGAGCCUACGUGAGACCGAGGAAUUUAUUAGUUACACGGAGAGUCUCAAGUCACCCCUCGUCCAGCCCAUUGUGACGCCUCGUUUUGCUAUCACGUGCCCGGAAGACCAUAUGCGUGCCCUGGGUGCCCUGGCAUCCAAGCACAAGUGUCGCGUGCAAAGCCAUCUGUGUGAGAGUGAACCAGAGAAGGAAUUGGUUAAGAAGAUUUUCCCCGAUUUCCCUUCCUACACGUAUCUGUACCAUGCCAUGGGUCUGCUGACGGACAAGACGAUCAUGGCUCACUGCGUAUGGCUGGACGACGAGGAGGUGCGGUUGUUGGCGGAAGGAGCUGGGGUAUCGCAUUGUCCUAACUCUAAUCUUAAUCUUCUCUCUGGCCACUGCAACGUAAAGAAACUGCUUCAGCAUGGGGUCAAGGUCGGCCUGGGCACUGACUGUUCUGCUGGCUACAGUUCUUCAGUGCUGGAUGCAAUGAGGCGAGCCCUACAUGUCUCCUGCUCUGUGGGGAUGGAACACUCCAAACACGAUGUGCUCACUCUACCUGAAGCCUUCCACCUGGCCACUCUGGGAGGAGCUCAAGUGGUGAGCAUGGAUGACUGCAUUGGUAAUUUUGUGGUGGGGAAAGAGUUUGAUGCAAUAUUAGUUGAUGUUGAUGUCCCGGAUUCACCGCUGGACAUAUAUGAUCAGGACACAAUGGAAGAUAAGAUCCAAAGAUUCCUGUACAAUGGUGAUGACCGGAACAUGGUGGAGGUGUAUGUGGCAGGACGGAGGGUCGUUGCUCGCUGAAGUAGUAACCAGAGAUCUGAGACUGAAGAUCAUCAUAUUUUAUAGAGCAGGUCAUUUGAAAGUCUCUGUGGUAGUUACGUUUUGGCAGUGGAAGAUGGUCCUCAUUGAUGACUCAUUUAAUAUGUGUAGUGUUCAUCUCAAGCUUCUAACAAAAUAUUUUUUUUCUCUCCCUUUACUACAUACAGUAUGUGAUAUUGAAACUAGAACAAGACAAAAAUUAAUUAAAAACUCUCAGAUGGAGCACAAGCUUAGGUGAUGCAUGAAUCAUAUAUGAGUAUGUAAUAGAAAUAACUUCCACUCCAUUAUAAAGUCAUUAUAUGCUCCA